CGGGCGCGGCCCUCGAACGGCGGCCCCUCGAGCGUGGCGAGGCUUUCGACACCCUUGCUGGCCCCGCGGCCGCUCCUUGUCGCCGGCCGCUUCCUGGUGGCGCCGCUGCCCUCCACACCUCCUCGCCCCCACCGCCGUUGCCACCUCCUCGCCUUUCUCCCUCCCGGUGCCCCUCCUCCGCCUCCCCUCCAGCCGCCCGGACCGCAGCCGCCUCCUCCGCGUCCAUGUAUGAAGGCAAGAAGACGAAGAACAUGUUCCUGACCCGGGCCCUGGAGAAGAUUUUGGCCGACAAGGAAGUGAAGAAGGCGCAUCACUCCCAGCUGCGCAAAGCGUGCGAGGUGGCCCUAGAGGAAAUAAAAGUUGAAACUGAGAAACAAAGUCCUCCUCAUGGAGAAGCAAAAGCUGGAUCAAGCACCCUUCCACCUGUGAAAUCAAAGACAAAUUUUAUUGAAGCAGACAAGUACUUCUUACCCUUUGAGUUGGCAUGCCAGUCCAAAUGUCCCCGCAUAGUUAGUACAUCUCUAGAUUGUUUGCAGAAACUCAUUGCUUACGGGCACUUGACUGGCAAUGCUCCAGAUAGUACGACACCAGGCAAAAAAUUAAUUGAUAGAAUUAUUGAAACAAUAUGUGGCUGCUUCCAAGGUCCUCAAACAGAUGAAGGAGUUCAGUUGCAGAUAAUAAAGGCUUUACUUACAGCAGUAACAUCACAACAUAUAGAAAUUCAUGAAGGAACUGUACUGCAAGCUGUGAGAACAUGCUACAAUAUCUAUCUAGCCAGCAAAAAUCUCAUCAAUCAGACAACAGCCAAAGCUACUCUUACUCAGAUGCUAAAUGUUAUCUUUGCACGCAUGGAAAACCAAGCAUUACAGGAAGCCAAACAAAUGGAAAGAGAAAGGCAUCGGCAGCACCAUCAUCUGUUACAGUCUCCAGUAAGCCAUCAUGAGCCCGAGUCACCUCAUCUUAGAUAUGUGCCACCUCAGGCUGUUGAUCAUAGAUCCCAGGAACAUGAAGGGGAUCUUGAUCCCCAAACACAUGAUAUGGACAAAAGUCUCCAAGAUGAUACCGAGCCUGAAAAUGGAUCUGAUGUUUCCAGUGCAGAAAAUGAGCAGACAGAAGCUGAUCAGGCAACUGCAGCUGAAACAUUAUCUAAAAAUGAUAUACUGUAUGAUGGAGACUGUGAGGAAAAGCCACAUGAUAUUGUCCAGAGCAUUGUAGAUGAAAUGGUGAACAUCAUCGUUGGAGACAUGGGAGAAGGUUCUGCUAUAAGUGCAAGUACAGAUGGCAACAUUGGAACUAUAGAGGAUGGUAGUGACAGUGAGAACAUUCAAGCAAAUGGAAUCCCAGGAACACCGAUUUCUGUUGCAUAUACACCAUCGUUACCUGACGACAGAUUGUCUGUCUCUUCUAAUGAUACUCAGGAAUCUGGAAAUUCUUCAGGACCUUCACCUGGUGCUAAGUUUUCCCACAUUUUACAAAAGGAUGCCUUUCUAGUGUUCAGGUCAUUGUGUAAGCUGUCAAUGAAACCACUGUCAGAUGGACCACCUGAUCCAAAGUCUCAUGAGUUACGGUCCAAGAUUCUGUCAUUGCAGUUACUUCUGUCCAUUCUGCAGAAUGCAGGACCUGUUUUCAGAACAAAUGAGAUGUUUAUUAAUGCUAUCAAGCAGUAUCUGUGUGUUGCGCUCUCAAAAAAUGGAGUCUCAUCUGUUCCCGAGGUUUUUGAGCUUUCUCUUUCCAUAUUUCUUACUUUGUUGUCAAACUUCAAGACACACCUGAAGAUGCAAAUUGAGGUGUUCUUUAAAGAAAUUUUUCUGUACAUUUUGGAAACAUCUACAAGCUCAUUUGAUCAUAAAUGGAUGGUUAUUCAGACACUGACAAGGAUCUGUGCAGAUGCUCAGAGUGUGGUGGAUAUUUAUGUAAAUUAUGACUGUGACUUAAAUGCAGCAAAUAUAUUUGAAAGACUCGUAAAUGAUUUGUCAAAAAUUGCCCAAGGACGGGGCAGUCAAGAACUUGGUAUGAGUAAUGUUCAGGAACUGAGUCUGAGGAAAAAGGGGUUAGAAUGUUUAGUUUCAAUUUUGAAGUGUAUGGUUGAAUGGAGUAAGGAUCAAUACGUGAAUCCCAACUCUCAAACUACCCUUGGUCAGGAAAAACCCUCAGAGCAAGAGAUAAGUGAAAUCAAACACCCUGAGACUAUAAACAGAUAUGGAAGUUUAAACUCCUUAGAGUCCACAUCAUCAUCAGGAAUUGGCAGCUACAGUACACAGAUGUCUGGCACUGAUAAUCCAGAACAAUUUGAGGUCCUAAAGCAGCAAAAAGAAAUAAUAGAACAAGGGAUUGAUUUGUUUAAUAAGAAGCCAAAGAGAGGGAUACAGUACCUCCAAGAACAAGGGAUGCUUGGCACCACACCUGAAGAUAUAGCUCAGUUCUUACAUCAAGAAGAAAGACUAGACUCUACUCAGGUGGGUGAGUUCUUGGGAGAUAAUGACAAAUUCAAUAAAGAAGUCAUGUACGCAUACGUAGACCAACAUGACUUUUCAGGAAAAGACUUCGUUUCAGCUCUUCGUCUGUUUCUGGAAGGAUUCCGUCUUCCAGGGGAAGCUCAAAAAAUUGAUCGGUUAAUGGAAAAAUUUGCUGCAAGAUACUUAGAAUGCAACCAAGGACAAACCCUUUUUGCUAGUGCAGAUACUGCUUAUGUUUUGGCCUACUCAAUUAUCAUGUUAACCACAGACCUUCACAGUCCACAGGUUAAAAACAAAAUGACAAAGGAACAGUACAUUAAAAUGAAUCGAGGUAUCAAUGACAGUAAAGAUCUCCCUGAAGAGUAUCUAUCAGCCAUUUAUAAUGAAAUAGCUGGCAAAAAAAUAUCAAUGAAAGAAACAAAAGAAUUAACAAUCCCUACAAAAUCAACUAAGCAGAAUGUAGCCAGUGAAAAACAAAGACGACUUCUGUAUAACUUAGAAAUGGAACAGAUGGCCAAGACAGCUAAAGCACUCAUGGAAGCUGUGAGCCAUGUUCAGGCACCUUUUACAAGUGCAACACACUUGGAGCACGUGAGGCCUAUGUUUAAGUUGGCUUGGACACCUUUUCUAGCUGCAUUCAGCGUGGGUCUACAGGACUGUGACGAUACUGAAGUAGCCUCGCUCUGCCUAGAGGGGAUCAGAUGCGCGAUCAGAAUUGCAUGCAUUUUUAGCAUUCAGUUGGAAAGAGAUGCCUAUGUCCAAGCACUAGCCAGAUUUACCUUACUUACAGUGAGUUCUGGUAUUACUGAAAUGAAACAGAAGAACAUCGACACAAUAAAAACACUCAUCACAGUGGCUCACACGGAUGGAAAUUACUUAGGAAAUUCUUGGCAUGAGAUCCUGAAGUGCAUCAGUCAGUUGGAGCUGGCACAACUUAUAGGAACUGGAGUGAAGCCUCGGUACAUUUCUGGGACAGUGAGAGGCAGAGAAGGGUCCCUCACUGGGACCAAAGAUCAGGCUCCUGAUGAAUUUGUUGGUCUUGGGCUAGUUGGAGGAAAUGUGGACUGGAAGCAAAUAGCAAGUAUUCAGGAGUCUAUUGGAGAAACCAGCUCUCAGAGUGUCGUGGUUGCUGUAGAUAGAAUAUUCACAGGAUCCACAAGGCUAGAUGGAAAUGCUAUUGUUGAUUUUGUUCGUUGGCUCUGUGCUGUGUCUAUGGACGAAUUGCUUUCCACUACACAUCCAAGAAUGUUUAGUCUACAAAAAAUAGUAGAAAUAUCAUACUAUAACAUGGGAAGAAUACGACUGCAGUGGUCUCGGAUUUGGGAAGUUAUUGGGGAUCAUUUUAAUAAGGUUGGUUGUAAUCCUAAUGAAGAUGUAGCCAUAUUUGCAGUGGACUCCCUGAGGCAGCUCUCAAUGAAGUUUUUAGAGAAAGGGGAGCUUGCAAACUUCAGAUUCCAAAAAGACUUCUUACGGCCUUUUGAACAUAUAAUGAAACGAAACAGGUCCCCGACAAUUCGAGAUAUGGUUGUUCGGUGUAUAGCACAGAUGGUUAAUUCUCAGGCUGCAAAUAUUCGUUCAGGAUGGAAGAACAUUUUCUCAGUGUUCCAUCUAGCUGCCUCAGACCAAGAUGAAAGCAUAGUAGAGCUUGCGUUUCAGACAACAGGGCACAUUGUCACUCUUGUAUUUGAGAAACACUUUCCAGCCACCAUUGAUUCCUUCCAGGAUGCAGUGAAGUGUUUAUCUGAAUUUGCAUGUAAUGCAGCCUUCCCAGACACAAGUAUGGAAGCAAUUCGACUUAUUCGGCAUUGUGCAAAAUAUGUGUCUGAUCGACCUCAGGCUUUCAAGGAGUACACAAGUGACGACAUGAAUGUGGCGCCUGAAGACAGGGUGUGGGUGAGAGGAUGGUUCCCGAUUCUCUUUGAGUUAUCAUGUAUCAUCAAUAGAUGCAAAUUAGAUGUAAGAACCAGGGGCUUAACAGUAAUGUUUGAAAUAAUGAAAACAUAUGGCCACACUUAUGAAAAACAUUGGUGGCAGGACUUAUUUAGAAUUGUUUUCAGAAUCUUUGACAACAUGAAAUUGCCAGAACAGCAGACAGAGAAAGCUGAAUGGAUGACAACAACUUGCAACCAUGCCCUUUAUGCAAUAUGUGAUGUAUUCACCCAGUAUUUAGAAGUUCUCAGUGAUGUACUUUUGGAUGAUAUUUUUGCCCAGCUCUACUGGUGUGUACAACAAGACAAUGAGCAGUUAGCAAGAUCUGGUACAAACUGCCUUGAAAAUGUGGUUAUUCUGAAUGGUGAAAAGUUUACUCUAGAAAUCUGGGAUAAAACAUGUAACUGCACCCUGGAUAUCUUCAAAACAACAAUUCCACAUGCGCUUCUCACUUGGCGUCCUGCUUCUGGAGAGACUGCGCCCCCAUCUCCAUCAGCUGUGAGUGAAAAACAGUUGGAUACAAUAUCGCAAAAAUCUGUAGACAUACAUGAUUCUGUUCAACCAAGAUCUUCAGAUAACAGACAGCAAGCACCACUAGUUUCUGUUUCUACUGUGAAUGAAGAAGUUAGUAAAGUGAAAUCUACAGCAAAAUUCCCAGAACAAAAAUUGUUUGCUGCCCUGUUGAUUAAAUGUGUUGUGCAGCUGGAACUUAUCCAGACCAUCGACAACAUUGUGUUCUUCCCAGCCACAAGCAAGAAGGAGGAUGCAGAAAAUUUAGCUGCAGCCCAGAGAGAUGCAGUAGACUUGGAUGUCCGAGUUGAUACUCAGGACCAAGGGAUGUACCGCUUUUUAACGUCACAACAGCUUUUUAAGCUAUUGGACUGCUUAUUAGAGUCACACAGAUUUGCAAAAGCAUUUAAUUCCAACAAUGAACAGAGAACUGCUCUGUGGAAAGCAGGCUUCAAAGGCAAGUCCAAGCCCAAUCUUCUAAAGCAGGAGACGAGCAGCCUGGCCUGUGGGCUGCGCAUUCUCUUCCGAAUGUACAUGGACGAGAGCAGAAUCAGUGCCUGGGAAGAAGUCCAGCAGAGGCUUUUAAACGUCUGCAGUGAAGCUCUGAGUUACUUCCUCACUCUAACAUCGGAAAGUCACCGGGAAGCCUGGACUAACUUGCUUUUAUUGUUCCUAACUAAAGUUCUAAAGAUCAGUGAUAACAGGUUUAAGGCUCAUGCAUCAUUCUACUACCCUCUCCUGUGUGAAAUUAUGCAAUUUGACCUGAUUCCUGAGCUGCGUGCUGUUCUUAGAAGAUUUUUCCUGCGGAUUGGGAUAGUUUUCCAGAUAUCACAACCACCUGAACAGGAACUUGGAAUAAACAAGCAAUGAUGAGAACUGAAUAUUUUUUCUGUUGGUGUUUACAUUCCUCUGCUCUGUAAAAGGACCCUGGAGCAGAGGUUUCCUACCUGGAAAAUAUUUCUCUGAAUUGCAGUGUC